AUGUCCUCGUCAAAAGCUACUAGGAUUGGCGAAGAAAGUCGCGUUGAUAAAGUCAACUCUGAAUUGGUGAUUUUGACAUAUGGGACCAUUGUAGCUCAGCUAUGCAAAGACUACGAGAACGACUACAUUGAAGUCAACAAACAGUUGGAUAGAAUGGGAUAUAACAUCGGCUUACGACUAAUUGAAGAUUAUUUGGCAAAGAGCAAUGCUAUGAAAAGAUGUGCGGACUUCAAAGAAACAGCAGAGAUGAUUGCAAAGGUCGGCUUCAAAAUAUUUCUAAAUAUAACUCCCACAAUAUCAUCCUGGACUACAGAUUCCAAACAAUUCUCCCUCAUCUUUGAUGAAAAUCCACUGGCAGAUUUUGUGGAACUCCCAGAUGAUGGCAGAGCACAAGAUGAAUUGUGGUAUUCCAACAUUUUGUGUGGUGUUCUUAGAGGGGCUUUGGAAAUGAUACAAAUGCAAGUGGAAGCUAAGUUUAUCGCUGAUGUACUAAGGGGUGACGAGCAGACUGAGAUAAGAAUUAGCUUAGUAAGGUAUGUUGAUGAUGAAAUGCCGGCCGAUGAUGAAUAA